AUGUGGCCGGCCCCCCUACUCCGAAGUUCCUGGCCGAGUGCACUUCUACAGCCGCUGCAGCCGGCGCUGCAGCAGAGGGCGUGCAGCUCGACAUCGCCGCACUUCACUCAUGCUGCGCCUGUCGCAGUCGCAGUUGCUCUGGCGGCGAAGCCCUUCUGUCGACAUCGCGGUGUAGCGCGGGCCGCCACUGCGCCAGUGGAGGCACGAGCUGUCGUUCGUGGCGACGUGCUGCCAGAGCUGCAUGCGGCCAUUCGUGGGUCGGUGGAUGUGGCAGCGAUCAUUCAGCUCCUGCACAUUUGCGGGCAGCGCAAGUGGCUGGACGAGGUCACCGCAAUUCAGGCGGCCGUGCAAGACCUCGAGCCUUCGCAGCUUGAGAUAGAGGCCCCGGUGGUCAGUGGAUUCUGCAAUGCCGCUGCGAGGUGCCUGUCAGGCUUGCGCUUGCAGCGGGAUGCCCGGACAACCAAAUGCGCUGAGGUCCUGGACCGAGCACGCUUGCUGUGGCAAGCGUGGGCUGAACACUGGCAAGAAGGAGAAGCCUGUGCCGACUUUGACACUGCCCUGGCUUCGGCUUUGCUCUUGUGUGAUGUCGUGCGGAGCCCGACUGCGCUGGUUUGGGCUGAGGAGAUCUGGGAGCAGGCGAAGGCUCAAGCGGUGCCGAGGACGGUAGACUUGUACCUCGCCAUGCUGAGCAUACUCGAGUGGCAUCGUAGAUACGACGCUGUGGACGGUAUGCUCCUUCAGGACAUGGUCGAGGACGGGCUGACGCCGAACGAGGAGGUUCUGGAGGCGCUCCUCAUGCUAGCUUCCAACCGCAAGGAUUGGGAGCGCACGGAUCUUCUGUGGAAUUUUCUCGUGUGCAGCCACCACGUCCAACCCACGCCGAAGAGCUAUGCCGCACAUGCGGAAGCUCACUUGCUGGCUGGGCGCCCUGCCAGUGCUGCCGCCAUCGUAGAGGAUAUGCUAGAUGCCGACGUUGCCCCAAUCACUCCUGACACCGUUGCUGCUUACAUGCAGAUGUUGAUCGUGAUUUGUCACUCCGAUCCGACAUCCUCGAACAUGGCACGCGUGAGGGCUGCGAUUGAACUCGCGGAAGGCCUCCACACCACCGGGCCGGCAGCCAAGGAGCUGAGCAAGCUCAAGAAGGUUGCCGUGUUGCUGAUGUCGGACCCAUGCGCACUGCCCUUUCGCCAAGUACUUGUUUCGCGAGCAGCGCAGCGGAGUGUCAUGAAGGGCUGGCGCAACGCGCGUGGCGGCAGCUGCUAUGCGCGUCUGUAA